AUGACUGAAAAUGAAGAAACUUUGAAGAGAAAAGCCGAAGAAGUGCCGGUCUCCACAGAAGAAGUCAAAAAGCUGAAGGAAGAAACAAUUAGUUCGGGUUCAACAGACGAAGGUGCGCGAGCAACUAGCGAAGAAUCUACCAAAGCCCCCACUGCUGAGGCUACAACUGAGUCCAAACCCGAGUCUGUGGAAGCAGUGAGUGAACCAAUUGCUGAGCAAGAGAAGUCUGACAAAGGAAAGGGCAAGGCCAAGCUCCGAGGAAAGGUAUCGUCGCGUUAUGCUGAUGCUCCAGAGGAAGACAAUGAAGAUGAAGAUGAUGAAGACGAUGAGGAAGAUGAGGAGGGAGACGACAUCGAGGUGUCAGCUGUAGUAGAGGAAGAAGAAGAAGAGGACUCGCUUGAAGAAAUCGACACAUCCAAUAUCAUUCAAGGUAGACGUACCCGGGGCGUUACCAUUGACUACCAAAAGACACUCGAAAAGAUGCAGCAGGAAGAGGGUACUAAUGGUAACCUCGACGAUGAAGAUGAAGAUGUCGAUGCUGAUUUCAAGGCACCUGCUGACGAGCCUGCGAACUAG